ACAUAAUAUUUUAAUGCCUUCUUAGUUGCUAUAGCCAGCUGACACAGCAUUGUUGUACUUGCUCUAAAUGGUGCGAAUAUUCCUCUCAUGAUCUGAUUCCUACUCUUUCCCUUGCUUGCAGCUACAGCUGUCCCAGAUCCCCCACGGCUCCGUCCCCGUCGCUCUUCAUUUCUCAUUCUCACCGGGCAAUCGCAUCCUCGGAGCUCGUCGCGGCAUCGCAAUGGUGGUCUCGUACACGCAGGAGCACGUGUACCGCCACCCCUGGCACCGCGUCACCGCAGCGGCGUGGCGCAAGUUCACGGACCCGGCGGCGCGCGAGGCGCCGCUCUCCCACAUCCUCGACGUGGAGACGCUCUCCCGCGACGUCGACCCGCGCGCCGGGCGCCUCCACGCCGUGCGCGUCAUCGCGGGCCGGCCCCCUCCGCUCCCGCUCCUCGUCCGCGGCCUCGUCGCCAGCGCGGGCGCCGGCGACCUCGUGCUCUGCGUGGAGCGCACCUCCGUGGACGCGGCCGCGCGCGCCAUGCGCGUGGUCUACCGCAACGCCACCUUCCGGCGGCUCGUGGACGUGGAGGAAGUGUGCAGCUACGCGCCGCACCCGGACCGGCCGGACGACUGGACGGUGUUCACGCAGGAGACGCGCAUCCGGUGCGCGCCGCUGGCCGCCGUGUCGGCCACGGUGGCCGAGAUGGUGGAGCGGCGGUGCGCGGAGAGCUUCGUGCAGAACGCGGCCAAGGGGAUGGAGGUCGUCGAGAGGAUCUGCGAAGGCCUCGCCGACGGAGAAAAGUAGGAGCAGAGCAUUGGGCGCUACUUAUUUUUGCUUGCUCUCUGUUUCUGAAUUCUGAUACUGUGUAUGUAAAUACCAGGAGGCAAUAAAAACCGUAAAUUCACAA